AUGGCCGACGACGCGCCACCAGCCCAAGACGGGCAGAGGUUCACCUCCGCGGAUCGCAUUCGGCAGCUGAACGAGGUGGACAAGGAUGUCGCAGAGCUGAUCCACUCCGCCGGACUGGCCAUCCAGGCUCUAACCAACGCCGAACCCGAUGCCUCUAACCCUUCCGCCGCUGUGCCCGACGGCUCCCUUGACUCCCAUAAGACCCAGUUCAAGGCAGCGACCGCUCGAUAUUUUACACUCCUCUCGUCCAUUGAUGUACGGCUUCGCCGGCAGGUCUACGCGUUAGAAGAGGCCGAAGUGCUAGCGCCCGAGUCGGCCGCGCGGGCGGGCGAUACAACGAGUGCUGGUGCCGCUGCCGCUGCCGGCGUAGGGGCCACAGCCUCAGCCACUGGAGAUGGAGAUGGAGAUCCAUUGGAUAUUAGCUGGUUGAACAGCCGGAAAGAUACAGUUGGCAUGGACAAGGAGGCCGAAUUGUGGGCUGCGGCGAGCGAGUUGGUCGACAAAAUUGACCAGGUGGGGGCUCCCAACGGAAAUUCUAGCAAGGCAGAGCCAGAUUCAGAGAAAAUGCAGGUCGAUUGA